AUGACGGGAGCGUUGCUCUUUUCUUUGGUGGAGGACUUUCGUCGGGCUAUGGUUCCGGACAAUGCCACAGAGGAGGAUGUCUGGACGCUGGAAACAGACUUGGGCAUGCUCCUGGCCAUGCCGUUCCAGGCAACCCUGUCCGCCCAGCUGGCCAACGGCGCUGCAGAGCCGUAUCUUCUCACACCAGGCAUCAAAGAGGCGUGA